AUGCAAUGUUGGAAAUUUAUGACAACCACAUCAUCUGGUCAACCAAUCUUAAGAGAAAAUGAAAAGGACAUCUUAAUGGAUCAAUCAGUUGGUUUAUAUCAUGGUAAAUUGAAAAUAACAAAUAGACAAUCAGGUAGAAUAUAUUUAACAUCUCAAAGAAUCAUAUACAUAGAUGAUCUAUCUCCAACUAAAUUAUCCCUAUCUUUAGAAUUAGAUGAUAUUAAAAAAAUUGAUUACUCCUCAAGUUUCUUAAGAAGAUCUGCCAAGAUGAUUAUAUUUAUCACUAAGAACAAUAAUAAUAAUGAUAAUACAGCACAAGAUGAUACCAUGACAAACUUAGAAGAAAUUACAAGCACAACUUGGGUAUGUCCAUUCUGUAUGGUAACAAAUGAAUCUAUCUAUAAAGAUUUAUCUUCUGAAAUACCUACUUGUGAGAACUGUGGUAUUACCCCUGAUUUCCAAAUGAUUAAAUCCUCCAUUAAUAUAUCGUCCCAGGUUUUUAAUACUAAGGAAAACUCAAAGAAAAACGAGAAUGUUUGUCCUGCUUGUACAUUUAUUAAUCAUCCACAAAUCGGUAUUUGUGAGAUUUGUGGAACAAGAUUGUCGAAUUCUUCAAAGAUACGACUGAAAGCAAAUAAAAAAUUCAAAUCAUUGGAAGAUUCAAGAUUACAAUUAAAAUUAGAGAAACAUUCCAAUUCUGAUGAAGAUAUUAACAAAAACACAGAGGCUCUAAAUGUGGAAUUUGUUCAAUUGAGUUUCAGGAAAUCAGAUGGGUUAUUAUUCUUUGAAGCAAGUGAAAAGGCAUUAAGGAAUUUUAAAAUUAAUAACAUCGAUACAACCAAUUCGAAUGACAAUAAGAGGAAACAAAUUUUCAACCAAAAUUUGGCUUCAAUAAAUGGUAUCAAAGUAAAGGGGGAUAAUGAUAUCGAUAACGAAUUACCAUUUUUAGAGACGAAUUUGAAAAAAAUCGGUAUAACAAGUUUGGAAAAGUCAAGAGAAAAUCAAUUGUUGAAUAAUAAUAUCUUAUUUAAUAAUGCAUUAUCCGAUUUAAAUAGUUUGAUGAAUUUAGCAACUAAAAUUGAAAGAUUAUAUCGAAAUAAAAACAUUUCAGAGAAUAAUCAAAAAUCUCUUCCUGCAAUCCCUUCAUUAAUUAUUGAUAGAGAUAAAUUUUAUAAUAAGGAUUUAUUCUUAGAUGAAAUUGCCAGAGAAAUUUAUGAUUUUGCAAUAUCGGAAUUCACCACUUCAAGAAAUCCCAGCAGUAAAAACUCAAGCAAAAGCAAACACAUUAUAAUUACAUUAGUAGACCUUUAUGCAAUGUAUAAUAAAUCAAUGAGGAUUGGGAUUGGAUUAAUAUCACCAUUAGAAAUGAAGGAAGCUUGCCAAAGAUUUGGGAAAUUAGGUUUAAAUGAACUAAAAUUAACAACAAUUAAUAAAAGAGUUUUAUGUCUUUCUACUUCAAAUUCCUUCGAUUAUUUAAAAGAAGAAAUAUUGAGAAUUCUAACUGAUAAUCCAGGAUGUGAUUUAUUGGGUUUAACAAACUUGAUUAAUAAUAACACAAAUAGUGUCAAUAACACUAAUACCAGCACAGAUACUACAGCCAACGCUUGGACAAUGGGGGUCAUUACAGAAACAUUACAAAACUGUGUCAAUGAAGGUGACUUAUUAAUCGAUGAACAAAUUAGCGGAAUUCAUUACUACGGAAAUAUUUAUUGGAAAAUAUAA